AUGGGUUCUUUGGUUGCACUCGGGUAUAAAAAAACAUUGAACCUCGAAGAUGUCCCUCAGCUUGCCAGUUGUGAUAGUGCCAAUCUGAUCUUCGCUUGUUUUAGAAAUAAACUUGGAUAUGAUGGUAAUAGCAGUGGUAAUGGUGGUCAGGUAAGCACAUUCAAGUUGGUGAAGGCAUUAAUUCUCCUAAUGUGGAAAGAAAUUCUAUGGACGGGUCUAUUGUCCAUUAUAUGCACAUUGGCUUCUUUUGUCGGACCAUACCUUAUUGAAUCUUUUUUCCAGUACCUAAAAAGCCCUCAUGAACUAAAAUAUAAAGGCUAUGUGUUAGUGGUUAUUUUCUUUCUCUCAAAGCUCAUAAGGUGCCUCUCAGAGAGGCAUUUGUUUUUUCAUUUACGAAAAAUGUCAAAUAAGGUUAGUGCUGCCUUGAUUGGCUUUUUUAGUUGGUACUUGCACGAUAUAUGGAGGGUGCCUGUUCAGCUUGUUUUAGCAUUGUUCAUCUUGUAUAGUAGACUUGGCCUUGCUUCACUUGUAGCUUUUGUUGCCACAAUAAUUUUGAUGUUAGCAAAUGCUCCGUUGGUAAAAUUACAAGAGAAAAAUCAGGGGGAAUUAAUGGAUUCAAAGGAUCAAAGGAUGAAGGUAACAUCUGAAGCCCUGAGGAAUAUGAGGAUUCUCAAGCUCCAAGGAUGGGAGAUGAAAUUCUUGGCUAAGAUAAUUGAGCAUAGAAAAUUUGAAACUAAAUGGUUAAAGAAGUUACUUUAUACAUCAGCUAUGGCUUCCUUUGUCUACUCGUCUACUCCCUUGUUUGUAUCUAUGGUUACUUUUGGUUUCUGUGUGCUUAUGGGAAUUCAGUUAGACUCGGGGAAGAGUUUAACUGCACUUGCAACAUUUGAAGCGUUGCAAGGGCCCAUUUAUAAUCUCCCGGAUACUAUCUCCAUGGUACUUCAAAUAAAAGUCUCCCUUGAUAGGAUCACCUCAUUUCUCUAUCUUGAUGACCUUGAUCAAAAUAUAGUACAAAAGCUUCCAAGAGAUCGUGCCGAAGUUGCAGUGGAGAUAGUUAAGGGGAACUUCUCUUGGGAUCUUCACUCCCCUAAUCUUACAUUAGAAGAUCUUAAUUUUCAAGUGAAACAUGGUAUGAAAGUAGUUGUUUGUGGCUCUGUUGGGUCUGGAAAGUCAAGUCUACUUUCAUGCAUAUUAGGGGAAGUGCCAAAGGUAUCUGGAACUAUUAAGUUGAAGGGAACAACAGCUUAUGUUGCACAAUCACCUUGGAUACAGAGUGGUAAGAUAGUAGACAAUAUAUUAUUUGGUAAGGAGAUGGACAAGGAAAGGUACGAGAUGAUCCUUGAAGCAUGUUCAUUGAAGAAAGACCUAGAAUUGUUUCCCUUUGGGGACCAGACUAUCAUAGGGGAGAGGGGGAUCAACCUGAGUGGUGGACAAAAGCAAAGAAUCCAAAUUGCACGUGCAUUAUACUAUGAUGCUGAUAUAUAUCUACUUGAUGAUCCUUUUAGUGCUGUUGAUGCUCAUACAGGAACUCAUCUAUUUAAGGAGUGUUUGCUGGGAAUUUUGAGUACGAAAACAGUAAUCUAUGUUACUCACCAAGUAGAGUUUUUUCCUUUUGCUAAUCUUAUCCUGGUGAUGAGAGAUGGAAAAAUAACUCAAGCAGGAAAGUACGAAGAAAUUCUUUGUUCAGGAACUGAUUUUAUGGAAUUAGUGGGUGCACAUAAGAAAGCUUUGGCAAAACUUAAUUCUAUCGAACAUGGGGGUGCUUUGGAUAAUUUAAUUAAUGAUAAGGAAGAUGGUAAUCUGUUGUGUAGUGAGAAAUCUAUUCAAGAUGAUGAAGUAAGGGAAUCCAAAAAUUGCAAAACAGAAAAAUUGAUUGAGUCAAAAGGGCAACUUGUCCAAGAAGAAGCGAGAGAAAAUGGUGGAGUUAAUCUUUCACUCUAUUGGAAAUAUGUUACAGCUGCAUAUAAAGGGGGUUUUGUACCAUUAAUACUUCUGGCACAAAUUCUUUUUGAGCUUUUACAAAUUGUUGGUAGUUACUGGAUGGUGCUGGAUAAUCCUGUUUCAGAGGAUGUAAGGCCUCACGUUACAGGAUCCACUCUCAUCUUUAUCUAUAUUGCUUUAACCCUUGGAAGCUCCCUUUUUUCACUUAUAAGGUCUAUGCUCAUUGUAACUGCUGGAUACAAGACAUCCACUAUGUUCUUCAACAAAAUGCAUUUAUGCAUAUUCCGUGCUCCCCUGUCAUUUUUUGAUUCUACUCCAAGUGGAAGGAUUCUAAAUCGGGUAUCCGUAGAUCAAAGUGCAGUUGAUACCACUAUUCCACAUAAAUUUGAAGAACUUCUUAUCUCAAUCAUAGGAUUACUGGGAACUAUUGCAGUAAUGUCACAAGUUGCAGGGCAAAUAUUGGUAGUUUUUAUUCCGAUGAUCGUGGCAUGCAUUUGGUACCAGCAAUACUACAUAUCUGCAGCACGUGAGCUAUCACGAUUGAUUGGAGUAUGUCAAGCUCCAAUUACACAACAGUUUGUUGAAUCUAGUUUAGGUUCAAUCACGAUCAGAUGCUUUGAUCAAGAAGAGAGGUUUAUGGAUGCAAACCUCAAGCUGGUGGAUGGGUAUUUCCGGCCCAAGUUUCAUUUCUCUGGUGCAAUAGAGUGGUUAUGCUUUCGCAUGGAUAUGUUGGCAUCAAUCACAUAUGCCAUAUUUUUUGUUUUUUUAAUCUCGGUGCCAAAAGGAGUAUUCAAUCCUGGUGUUAUGGGUUUAGCAGUCACAUAUGGGCUUAGUUUCAGUGUGCAUGGGGUCAUAUGGGAUCUUUGCGGUCUUGAGAAUAGUAUCAUAUCUAUUGAGAGAAUAUUGCAGUAUACCUGCAUCCCUAGUGAACCCCCUUUGUUGGUAGAAGAAAAUAAGCCAGGUAAUGAAUGGCCAUCACAAGGAAAAGUUGAUAUUGUUGAUCUGCAGGUCCGGUAUGCCCCACAUCUUCCUUUUGUCUUGCGAGGUCUCUCAUGCACUUUCCAUGAAGGAAUUAAGAUUGGUGUCGUUGGGCGAACGGGAAGUGGUAAAUCAACUCUCGUACAGGCUCUUUUCCAUAUGCUUGAACCUGCAGCCGGUCAGAUUUGGAUAGAUGGUAUUAACAUCUUUAAGAUUGGCCUUCAUGACUUACGGUCAAGAUUAAGCAUCAUCCCACAAGACCCAACAAUGUUUGAGGGCACUUUAAGAAGCAAUCUUGAUCCACUUGAAAAUUACACUGAUGAACAGAUUUGGGAGGCUUUAGAUAGGUGUCGACUUGGUGACGAAAUUAGAAAGAAGGAAGGGAAGCUUGAUUCUUUAGUGUCUGAGAAUGGAGAGAAUUGGAGCAUGGGUCAAAGACAACUAGUCUGUUUAGGACGGGUACUACUCAAGAGAAGUAAGGUGGUAAUACUUGAUGAAGCUACUGCAUCAAUGGAUACUGCGACUGACUAUCUAAUUCAACAAACACUUAGGCAACACUUCUCAGGGUCUACUAUCAUCAUAAUCGCACAUAGGAUAACAUCAAUUCUUGAUAUUGAUAUGGUCCUCCUCCUUGAUAAUGGUAUUAUAUUGGAAUAUGAUUCCCCAUCCAAAUUGCUUGAGAUCGAGUCCUCACCAUUUGCAAAGCUUGUUAAGGAGUAUACUCGAAGAUGUAACUCCUAGUAUUUGAAAGGUUACAUGGAUAUGUUUUGAGUGGUCAGAUGUAAAUAGGUUCCAUUAGACUGAGGUGCAUUUCUUUUAUGAGUUUGACAAAAUUUUGUUUUGAGAAGAUGGUGGAAUAGAUAUUGAGGCUGCUUGCAAUCAUUUGGAUUGGAAUGGCAUUUAAUUGAA